AUUACUUUAUUAAGGUUGCUUUUUCCCAUACGUCAAUAAAAUAUUUGCUUAGUGUCCAUUUUAGAUAACAGUGCUACAUGCAUCUAUGUGAUAUGAAAGAUAUGAUCAAGACGACCGCUUCAUCAAACGCUUGUGUUUCUGUGCCGAAAGACCUUCUUGUGAAAUUAAGUAGUACAGAUACGUCAUACAGCUUGGAAGAAGUAAAAGAAAAUCAAGCUUUCACUAAAAAAUUUAUGGAAGAUCAUGUUUACAAUGUUUACGAAAGAAUUGCGGAGCACUUUAGUCACACAAGGUAUCGACCCUGGCCCGGUGUUGUCGAUUUUUUAAAAAACUUAGAGCUUGGUUCUAUUGUUCUGGAUGUUGGAUGCGGCAACGCGAAAUAUGCUUUUUGCAAUUCAAGUAUUGUUUGGAUUGGUGUUGAUCGAAGUCAAAAUUUAAUGAAGCAUAACAUUCAGCAUUUAGCUCUUCAUACAAAACAAGAAACAUUCAAAACAGAUAGAAAACGAUCUCCAGAAUUGAAUGUUAACGAUUGUGAAAAUUUAAGCUUUCGGUCUGAAAUUGCAGAUGCCUGUAUAAGCAUAGCAGUUUUACAUCAUCUACCAACUGAAAAACAACGAAUAGACGCUGUUCAUGAAUUAAUUCGAUGUACGCGUUCUGGUGGUCAAAUACUUAUUUACGUGUGGUCAACGGAUCAUAAAUAUCAAAGCAUCGGUUCCAGAGUUUUUGAGUCGCCUGAUGUCUUUGUUCCGUGGAAACUUCAAAGGCAAUUUGAUCCCGUUUAUACUACAUCUACAGCUUUAGAUAGUGAAACUCCAAAAAUUAAAAGAAAAAAUCCUUUAUGUUCGACUACAACGUUACAUCGCUAUUACCAUUUAUUUUCUUUAGAAGAAAUUCAAGCUUUAUUUCUUAAAAUAACAACAGCGGCAGUUGUAUCUAUUGUGUUCGAUAGGUGCUAUGAUAAGAACCUUUGA